CUUAAAUGUUCAUGGGUUUCAAGUUUGAGUAAGCAGUGCGCAGGCUAAUGUUAUUUACAUUUAUAGGGCAUUUAUAAAGCACCAGAUCUCGGAUUGCAGGAUGAAUCACGUAAUAGUACAAACGCUUGAAUAACAAAGUCCAGAAUGCCUAGUGCUAAAUUCUUGUCUAUAUCAACAGAAGAUUAAACCACGCUAGCCUCCCCUCAUCCUCACUCUGCAGAUCUUCAAGCACAGAUUAGAGUAUAUGCACCUGACUCUGGCAUAAUGAAGUAGAUGGGGGAAUCAAAGAACAUGGUGUUGAAUGGCAGGCGGCAUGGCAGCAGAUACUCCAGUGAUCUAUCCAUAACCUCGGCCAGGUCGCUGCGACAGAGCAAGGGCUCCUUUAGAAGGAGGAGAUGUAGUCGACGUGUCAGUAGUUCUGCCCUAGAGGCAGAGAGGCGUCAUACCCCAUCAUCUGGUAUGACUGCAAAGGAGCUCUGUGAGAAUGAUGACUUGACUACAAGCCUUAUUCUGGACCCCUACCUCGGCUUCCAGACCCAUAAGAUGAAUAGGAGGUUUCGACCCGUCAAGGACCGACAUAGACAUUUGAAGGAGGUGCUAGAGUGCUUUAAAAAACAUGACAACCUUGAGAAGGCCUUCCAUGCCUUGACUGCAGGGGACUGGUCAAGACACCACUUUCCGCACAAGACGAAGGCACAGGGCAAACUCUUCAAAGAGCAUGUUUUUGUUUACCUACGAAUGUUUGCAACUAACAGUGGGUUUGAAAUACUUCCUUGCAAUCGUUAUUCCUCUGAGCAGAAUGGAGCCAAAAUUGUAGCAACAAAAGACUGGAAAACCAAUGAUAAGAUAGAAUACCUGGUGGGCUGCAUCGCUGAGCUAUCGCAGAAUGAGGAAAGUGUGUUACUGCGACAUGGAGAAAAUGACUUCAGUGUGAUGUACUCCACCCGCAAGAACUGUGCUCAACUGUGGCUGGGACCUGCAGCCUUCAUCAACCAUGAUUGCAGGCCAAAUUGCAAGUUUGUUUCCACUGGGCGAGAUACAGCUUGUGUCAAGGUUCUUGGGGAUAUUGAACCCGGGGAAGAGAUCUCCUGUUAUUAUGGAGAUGGCUUCUUUGGGGAAAAUAAUGAACUAUGUGAAUGUUACACAUGUGAAAGACGAGGUGCUGGUGCUUUCAAAUCGAAGACUGGACAGCCUACGCCCACUCCAAUUAUCAACAGCAUGUAUGGCCUGAGAGAGACAGACAAACGUCUCAAUCGGCUGAAGAAACUAGAAGACAGCAAAUGCUCUGGCAGUCAGUUGGAAGGCUCUAAUAUGGAUCCAGACUCUCAGGAAAAUCAUGACACGCAUCCAUCAGUAGGGAGGACAGCCCGCUCUAGUGUGACAAGGCUCAGUGACGCACAAGCUCUAAGCAGGCAAACUCUGUCCAAAAUGCCUAUCCCUACCUCAUCGUUCAAUCAAAGACACUCAAAGAACUCCAACGUGCCAAAGAGGCUAAAAUCAAAGUCCAUAAAGCCUUUGCUCAAGUUAGGAAGAAGGUGUCAGGUAACUGCCCACAAGUGCCCCAUUGAGGUGGAAGCUAUGGGUUUGUGCCUUAAGGACCCCACAGAAUUUGUCAAUAACAGGGUCUCACAAAAGAGAGAGAUGGAUAAGAAAGGGCCGGUGCAAGUGGUGGGAACAAGAGGUGGUCUUGAGCACUAUACUGCGAAGGAAAACCAUCAGAAAUCAGUGAAAGAUGUUAGUAGGUGCCCUGAUGGUUUAGCUUGCACUCACAGAACUCGCAGUUCAACCAGAGCAUCAGUUGGCACACAGGAGUCUGACAACAUUAAACUUGAACCAAACUUGCCACCCAUCCACUGCGGUGUGGUUAGUAAGACCAAGCCUAUGGACCUUGGAGAUUGUGUCACAGACAUUCACUGGAUGAACAGCUCAAGCCUGGACAUCAGCUGUCCAAAGACGGAGAACUGUCCCAGACAUAAGCAAAUGAUAAAGCAGGAAGAGCACUCUUUCCGACCAGCAUCCCUUCUCAAGGAGGAGGUUUCAUGCCUGCACCAUACAGCCUGUACCACAGACAUUGCUGAUGGCAGGAAAGAGCUGCAGGGCCUGCCUGAUGGUCAUGAGCCCUACAACCUGUCUAAGGGAGACAAGCUUCUCCACCUUGGCAAGGUGAAGAAGAAACAGCAGAUUACACGCUAUGAUUCCCAGCUGAUCCUAGCCAACAACAACUCAGGCGUCCCCAAGUUGACCCUGCGGAGACGAAGGGACAGCAGCAGCAGUAGGAUUGAGCCUGGUGAGGCAGACCCUGUCAAGUCCUCCAGCCCCACAAAGACCAGCAUGAAAUUUGGUAAGGACCAUCAUGCAAAGACCAAGAGGAGCUCUUAUGCAGCCAGACUGAGUAAUGGGACUUUCAGUCCUGUGGACCAGAUCCGCUCCUCCAAACAUGGCCUCAGUCCUGUGGACCACAUCCGUUCCUCCAAACAUGGCCUCAGUCCUGUGGACCACAUCCGCUCCUCCAAACAUGGCCUCAGUCCUGUGGACCACAUCCGCUCCUCCAAACAUGGCCUCAGUCCUGUGGACCACAUCCGCUCCUCCAAACAUGGCCUCAGUCCUGUGGACCACAUCCGCUCCUCCAAACAUGGCCUCAGUCCUGUGGACCACAUCCGUUCCUCCAAACAUGGCCUCAGUCCUGUGGACCACAUCCGCUCCUCCAAACAUGGCCUCAGUCCUGUGGACCACAUCCGCUCCUCCAAUCAUGGCCUCAGUCCUGUGGACCACAUCCGCUCCUCCAAACAUGGCCUCAGUCCUGUGGACCACAUCCGCUCCUCCAAACAUGGCCUCAGUCCUGUGGACCACAUCCGCUCCUCCAAACAUGGCCUCAGUCCUGUGGACCACAUCCGCUCCUCCAAACAUGGCCUCAGUCCUGUGGACCACAUCCGCUCCUCCAAACAUGGCCUCAGUCCUGUGGACCACAUCCGUUCCUCCAAACAUGGCCUCAGUCCUGUGGACCACAUCCGCUCCUCCAAACAUGGCCUCAGUCCUGUGGACCACAUUUGCUCCUCCAAACUGCAUAUUCAGCUGCAGCAUGAGCAGGACAGCAGGAGGCUCAGCCAGUAUCACCAUGGUACUGGGCCCUUCACGGGUAUAGUAGAGAGGGAAGCAGGGGAGGUCUUUGGGCCGACUGUAGCAACAUUUGGGAUGCAUGAUGACACAGAGGAAGACUCGUCCUCCUCCUCUGAAGAGGAUGAAGACGACGUCUCUGACUCUGACCAUGAAGAGUUCGACGAUUUCAUUCCACUUCCACCAACAAAACGCCUCCGACUCAUUGUUGGUAAAGACUCUAUAGAUAUUGAUAUUGCAUCAAGGAGACGUGAAAAUCAGUCACGCACAGUCAAUGCAUGAGCUUCAUGGAUCUUUAUUUGACUAGUUGAUUUAAGUCAACAAAACAAAAAAAUCCCAUGCUGUUGUAAAAUGUUAACUAUUUUUUUACAUGAUGGAACUUGAUUCGUUAUUCAUAUAGUAGAAUGUGUAUAUUUUACAUAGCAUACAAUGUGUAGUCCUUUAUUUUUAUAUCUUCAGCUUUAUUUUGUACAAUUGUUAAUUAUAUUUAAAGCCUUUUCUUGUUUGUGGGGUAAACAUGCUAAAUUUUGCUUCACUGACAUUCACAAGAAUGGAACCUUUUGGGAACACACUUGAUGUGCUUUUGUCCGCAUGGCAGUGUACACAUGCAUAUAAAAUAAUGUGUUUUAUAUAUUGUUUUGAGAGUUUGAAAGGAACAGAAUUGUUUCUUGCUGGAAGUCUGUGAAAAUGUUUGACUUCCAGUGAUUCCUGGGAGCUGGCUUGUGACAUUUUUGCCCCAUUUUUAAUAAUUCAUUCAUUAAUCAAAAUGUCUUGGUGAUUAUAUAUUAUGUUAACUUUUCAGUUUGUGAAGAGAUGGAUUUUCUUUUUAUUCUAUUAAUUUCACUAAGUCACUCAAUUCUCAAACUGUAUCACUUCUCAGUCUCCGUUUAACAAUCACAAAUUCAUUACAACUUACUUGGUCUGGCAUUGGUAGUGUAGAUAUUCAAACACUUUAAAAAUCUGAUUUUAUUUUUUCUUACUUUGCUAUUUUGUUCACCAUUUGUUCAUCUGAAUGACUUUCUGUCUGCUGUGUGUGAAUGAUGUGCAUGUCUCAACUUCUUAAAUUGCUCUAUCAUUUUUUUAAUACUAGGUUGAUUUUAAAGUCGGUUGUACAACUUUGGUGGACCUGUCACUGUAUGCUGUCAUACGUAGGCUACUGUCUGUGGUCUUGAUUAAGCUACACUACAUGGCCAAAAGUAUGUGGACACCUACUCGUCGAACAUCUCAUUCCAAAAUCAUGGGCAUUAAUAUGGAGUUGGUCUCUCCUUUGCUGCUAUAACAGCCUCCACUCUUCUGGGAAGGCUUUCCACUAGAUGUUGGAACAUUACCGCGGCGACUUUCUUUCGGCGUUCCAAUUCAUCCCAAAGGUGUUCGAAGGGGUUGAGGUCAGGGCUCUUUGUAGGCCAGUCAAAUUCUUACACACUGAUCUUGACAAACCAUUUCUGUAUGGACCUUGUUUUGUACAUUGGGGCAUUGUCGUGUUGAAACAGGAAAAUACCUUCCCCAAACUGUUUCCACAAAGAUGGAAGCACAGAAUCAUCAAGAAUGUAUGCUGUAGCGUUGAUUUCCCUUCACCGGAACUAAGGGGUCUAGCCCGAAUCAUGGAAAAACAGCCCCAGAUCAUUAUUCCUCAUCCACCAAACUUUACAGUUGGCACUAUGCAUUCGGGCAGGUAGCGUUCUCCUGGCAUCCGCCAAACCCACGUUCGUCCAUUGGACUGCCAGUUGGUGAAGCGUGAUUCAUCACUCCAGAGAACAUGUUUCCACUGCUCCAGAGUCCAAUUGCAGCAAGCUUUACACUACUCCAGCCGACACUUGGCGUUGCACCUGGUGAUCUUAGGCAUGUGUGCGGCUGCUCGGCAAUGGAAACCCAUUUCAUGAUGCUCCUGACAAACCGUUAUUGUGCUUCCGUUGCUUCCAGAGGCAGUUUGGAACUUGGUAGUCAGUUUUGCAACCGAGGAGAUACUAUUUUUAUGCGCUUCAGCGGUCCCAUUCUGUGAGCUUGUAUGGCCUACCACUUUGCAAUUGUUGCUCCUAGACAUUUCCACUUCACAAUAACAGCACUUACAGUUGCCCGGGGCAGCUCUAGCAGGGAAGAAAUUUGAUUAAAUGACUUGUUGGAAAGGUGGCAUCCUAUGACGGUGCCAUGUUAAAAGUCACUGAGCUCUUCCGUACGGGCCAUUCUACUGUCAAUGUUUGUCUAUGGAGAUUGCAUGGCUGUGCUCAAUUUUAUUCACCUGUCAGCAACGGGUGUGGCUGAAAUAGCCAAAUCCACUAUUUUGAAGGGGUGUCCACAUACUUUUGGCCAUGUAGUGUACCGUUUUGAGUUGCUUGUAUAAUGUUGAGAAUUACAGUUGAAUUUCAUAUACAUAGCUGUGCAUUCUAUAACUUAAUGUAUGUAAUUCUUAACAUUUAUCUCCAUGUCUAAUUGUUUUUCUACCUCAGAAAAAAAAACUACUAAACGUGUCCUUAUUUCUGGUGAAUGUAGUUUAUAUAUAAUGCAAAUCACAAAUGCUUGUUUUUAUUUUACAGUUUGAGUACUCAAAUUAAAGGUUUCUUCCAAGUG